AUGCAUAUUCGCAUCAAGAAAAAGCCGAGGUCCAAAACAAUCAUCACAAUUGGCAAGAUGCAGCUAAAACCAAACUCGAGCAAAGUGGAGGCGAAACUCAAGACCAUCAACACGGCGAUAGAUGCUCUGAAACAGAACCCGGGGGAUCGAUGGAAAACGAUCAAGCAACUGACGAAGCAUCAGCAAACCCAACAAAAUGCAGCAAACGAAGCCGACCAUCAGCGUGACCAUCCGGCCAUUCCUGUGUGGACUCAACGCAUGGAAACUUUGUUCGGGCCCUUCAACGACCAACUCAGAUUGAUCAAGUGCGACAAUUGCGGAAUCUUAACGCGAGAGACCAACUCCAAAGUCGGUGUCACUCACAAACUGAAUUGCGAAAUAUUGAGAAAAUCAGGCUCGAUUGGGAUCAUCAGCAAGAAAUUUAGUCACUUUUCAAAUCUCGAGUCCAACUCCAAAAAGAGGGCUUCUUCGGAAGUAUCAUUAGAUUCGAUACCGAUGAAGAAGAAAAAGAAGACGACGAUCAUUGACCAUACCCAAGCAGGCGGGAUCGACCCUGACGGCCCGAACGUUAUCAACGGAGUGCCGAUGACGCAGAAGCAAAUCAAGAAAGCCCUGGCGGCUGCCGAACGUUUAGAGCGAGAGAACGAGCGGAAGGAGAAGAAGAGGCUGGAAGAGGAAGCCCGCAAAGCCAAGAAACUCAGCCGGGCCAAAGGAGGUCCGGUCAACGUCAACGAGCAAUGUGGAGUAUUGGUGCCUCCCAACAAUACCCCUUGUGCUCGGUCGUUGACCUGUAAGACUCAUUCGAUGGGGGCCAAGCGAAGUGUACCCGGCCGAAGCGCUCCUUAUGAUGUUUUACUAAAUGAAUGGCAAAAGAAGAAUAAUCCGAACUGGGGCGAUCGUAAGGUGGUGACACCCCGAGUAGGACCCGGAAUUGAGCCGGGGCUGUCGAAGAAGAAGAAGAAAGAGCUCGCCACUCAAGUGAACAAGAAUGGGAAUAAUGGAGGCAGCACAAGCGGUCAGAAUGACGCCUCCAACGGCUCGAGUACCAAUCACACCAAUAGGAACCAAUCAGGGAAUGGAUCGAGCGGUAAUGGCAACAACAAAUCGGGGCAAGCCAAGGAUAAGGAUAAGGCGACCAGCUCGGCCAAUCAUCCCUCAAAAUCGGGCACUGGGGCGUCGAAGUCCUCGGCUGGUGGUGGGAACCAAGGAGGGCACGGAUCGGGCUCGACGAAGAAGUCGGGCGGCCAGUCAGGCCAGCCGACGAAGGGCGAGCACGGACGGACGACUUCUGCGAAGCUGUCAGCAGCCAACGAGGCCAAGCUACUGGGCGAGGUGGACGCGGAUUUCUAUCUGGUUGUGCCGCCAAAAUCGGCGGCGAAGACGACGAAGACGCCGGUGGUAGCCGGUCCUCGGCAGGGGCCGGUGGACCGCGACGGGGACACGCCGAUGGCCGCGCCGGGCCCUGAGGCCCCUGCCGACCCCCGCCCCCCAUUCGUCGCGACCAAGGAGGACUCCGAGGACGAAGCCUCGGAGAACGAGAGCGACGAGGAGUUUGAGGCUGUGAUCCGCGGCUUGAUCGUCUCCCAGAACUUCCUCCACCCUAUCUCCCUCCUCUCCUCCGAAGCCCAUUCAAAGAACCCCUUUCCUCCUCCGCCUUCCUCCUCUUACCCCACGCACUCAACACAAUGGUCUAAGUUCACUAAGUUGGGUGUCAAAGAAAGCUUUAAGAACUCCUUCAAACUCUAG